CCGGAGUAGGCUAGGAAGAAUUUGUGGGGGCCGCCUUGGAAGUACGACGUAAAAUCACUGCAUUGGAAGUAACUGACUGGGGGAAUCCUUGAUUUUUAUAUAACUACAAUGUACGAACCCGUUUAAGGGACGUGGGGUAACGAUAUUUACGGGAACUGUAAUUUUAUUUUAUGUUAAACUCGAAAAUACUGUAGUCUUUGUAGAGCGUACACAAGUGCACGCGAGUUCUAUGCACAACCAGCAGACCAGAGAAUAGAGUAUGAUGGCAUUUGACAGUUUAACGGCGUAUCCACAAACUCUAGAAAUUGUCCUGUUUCCCUUCCAUCUCAUAUGACUAGAAGAACCAUGUUGUGUGAGGAGCGUUAUUAUCGUCAGAAAGCGUUACUACAUGCUAACAAAUGAAAAUUAAUUAGCUAACCGCUAGCUAGCUUGAUAGUUUGCUAUUUGGACGCGCCAGCAGCUAACCGAGCUAGCCAACCUACCCAGGUUAGAUUAUCGGCCGGCCGUAUUGCGUAUAUUUGGUGUGCUACACCGUAGACAUCACGUAAUGGAAACAUAAUACGCAGUAUUUCGGAAAUUAAACGGAUUUUUUGGCUUCUGGUUGGAGACAUUUCAUUCGUGUCACCAGGAUCUGUAACUUGGUCCAAGAUCGUCAGGUCGUCACCUGUUCACUCUUCAAUUUCAACCUGUAUUGCCAGGUUGACCUCAGGACUCCCCAAUGGAUUUCCAAGGGAGGGUGAAAGGAGCGGGAAAUUGUUUCUUAGCAAUAGGACAGUGCCAUGCAUCUGCUGGUGAACAGCUGCUUCCUACACAGAGGUCACUCAGCCUCCUGAACUUCACCUCUCCCGCCCAAGAGAAUGCUGGGAAUGUGUCGUGGGCGCAGGAAGUUCCUGGCUGCCUCCCUCGCCCUGCUCUUUGUCCCAGCCCUCACCUGGCUCUACCUGUCUGCUGCCAACUUCACAGUGAAGCCGCUGCCUCUUUCUCCACUGGAGACUCAGUCCUCCACGCUGGUAGGUGGCGCUGGUGAGCGCCAGGCGCUGGAACUGCGGGUUCGAGAGGUGGAAGAAGAGAAUCGUGCGCUCAGGAGAGAGUUGAGUCAGCCACCCAGGAACCCUACCAAUAGAAACUACCGUAUCAACAAUCACCAUGGCAAUCAGUCACAACCCCACUCCACAGAAGAAGGUACCGGUGACAGUGAAGCUCAGAAAUCCUUCUCCACAGGGAACAGCUCCACUUGUGUCCAACACCCUGUUGUGGACAAAUGUGAGAACAUCCAUGUUGCCAUUGUGUGUGCGGGCUACAAUGCAAGUCGAGAUGUGGUGACGCUGGUCAAGUCUGUGCUGUUUCACAGGCGGAACCCUCUCCACUUCCACUUCAUCACGGACUCCAUCGCCCAGCAGAUCCUGGCCUCCCUCUUCCACACCUGGAUGGUUCCAGCUGUCCGGGUGGACUUCUACGAUGCUGAUGAACUAAAGUCUGAGGUUUCAUGGAUCCCCAACAAGCAUUACUCUGGUAUCUAUGGCCUUAUGAAGCUUGUUCUGACCAAGACGCUGCCUUCUGACCUGCAGAAAGUCAUUGUUCUGGACACAGACAUCACAUUUGCCACAGACAUCGCUGAGCUCUGGGCUGUUUUUCACAAGUUCAGAGGUCAGCAGGUUCUGGGGCUGGUGGAGAACCAGAGUGACUGGUAUUUGGGAAACCUGUGGAAGAACCAUCGGCCAUGGCCUGCUCUCGGCAGAGGCUUCAACACUGGUGUGAUUCUUCUGCUGCUGGAUCGUUUAAGGAAACUCAGAUGGGAGCAGAUGUGGAGACUGACAGCAGAGAGAGAGCUGAUGAGCAUGCUGUCAACAUCACUAGCAGAUCAGGAUAUCUUCAAUGCUGUGAUCAAACAGAACCCCUUCCUGGUACACCAGCUGCCUUGCUUCUGGAACGUCCAGCUGUCCGAUCACACCCGGUCUGAGAAGUGCUACAGGGAUGUGUCUGACCUCAAGGUUAUCCACUGGAACUCUCCUAAGAAACUGCGGGUGAAGAACAAGCAUGUGGAGUUCUUCAGGAACCUUUACCUGACCUUUCUGGAGUAUGAUGGCAACCUGUUGAGGAGGGAGCUUUUUGGCUGCCCCAGUGAGACCGACCACAACAGUGAGAAUCUCCAGAAGACUCUGCUGGAGCUUGAUGAGGAUGACCCAUGUUAUGAGUUCCGGCGAGAGCGAUUCACUGUGCACCGCACACACCUCUACUUCCUGCAUUACGAGUACCAGCCCAGUGCAGACCAGACUGAUGUUACCCUGGUGGCCCAGCUCUCAAUGGACAGGCUGCAGAUGCUGGAGGCCAUCUGUAAACACUGGGAGGGCCCCAUCAGUCUGGCUCUCUACCUGUCUGACGCCGAGGCCCAGCAAUUCCUGCGCUAUGCUCAGGGCUCUGAGGUGCUCAUGAGUAGAAGCAACGUGGGAUACCACAUUGUCUACAAGGAGGGCCAGUUUUACCCUGUCAACCUGCUGCGCAACGUCGCCAUGAGGCAGGUCAGCACACCCUAUAUGUUCCUGUCAGACAUCGACUUCCUGCCCAUGUAUGGACUCUACGAGUACCUCAGGAAGUCAGUGGUUCAGCUGGACAUGACUAUCACCAAGAAGGCUCUGGUGGUACCUGCGUUUGAGACACUGCGUUACCGGCUGUCCUACCCUAAAUCCAAGGCUGAACUUCUGUCCCAGCUGGACAUGGGCACCCUCUUCACAUUCAGGUACCAUGUAUGGACAAAAGGCCAUGCUCCAACUAACUUUGCUAAAUGGCGGACAGCCACGACUCCAUACAGAGUGCAGUGGGAGGCAGACUUUGAACCGUAUGUAAUGGUACGGAGGGACAGUCCUGAGUAUGACCGCAGGUUUGUGGGAUUCGGAUGGAACAAAGUGGCCCACAUUAUGGAGCUGGAUGCACAGGAAUACGAGUUUCUUGUGUUACCCAACGCCUUUAUGAUCCACAUGCCUCAUGCACCCAGCUUCGACAUCACCAAGUUCCGCUCCAAUAAACAGUACCGCGUUUGUCUCAAGACUCUCAAAGAGGAGUUUCAGCAGAACAUGUCCCGUCGCUAUGGUUUUGCGGCCCUUAAGUACAUGACUGCAAACAAUAGUGGCUAGCAAAGCCACCACAUACUUAAACUACUCUGCUGAUGCCAUUUGCUAUCAGAUUGGUAGGUGGCAUGAUUGGCCUGUACUGGACCUCGUCGGCCAAUAUUAAACUCAGAGGGCACCAGGCUUGCUUCCACAUUCUGUCAGUGAGGGAGCUGCCGUGACCACUGAGACUGUUUUUGUGCUUUGGAAAUAGCAAUAAUGCAAUGUUUCAUACAAUCUGCUGGAUGCCAUAAUGUUGAAAGGUCAGUGGAGGAAGGCGAUCUACCAAGUUAUCCAGGUUUCACCUACUCCAUGAAAGGGAUAUUAUUAAUCAUUAAGCAGAAAAAUGUUGAUUUCUACCAUGGUAAGCUGUGUAUUACUGGGUAACCACAGCAUGUGUCACUGUAGACUCAGCUGUGCUUUGCUGGACUAAAUCUACUGAUGCCUUGAAAAAAAUAGAGUAAUGCCUUGAAGGCAGUAUUGUUUGGUUAUACUUUUUGCAGUAUUAGUUCUCAGAGUAAGUAACAUGGACAUAUAGCAGGAGAGCCCCAAUCAAUCAUUUACCUAGUAAAACUAGGAAAGGUGAUUGCUAGUGUGUAUAAACAAAAUGUUGGUAAUGUGUUAAGGACAUGAUGUUUAGAUCUCGCCUACAAGAAGAAAAAAUGUAAUUAUUCACCAAUACUGUUUAACAGAGGGUCUUGGGUUUUAAAGCAAUGGACUUACAGGGAAGCAUUGUUUGCAAUAAGAACCUGCGAGAUUCCAGGGUUUUUCAUUCUUAAAAGAAUUGGGCCUGGAGAAUUGGACCUGAGUUUACAGUAGCUCAAUUUCAAGGAAGUUAAAAAUAAAUAAAACAAGGCAAACAUAUAUAGAAAAGCCACAAACCAUGCCCAAGUAAAUCCUUAAUAUUGACACCCUCCUGUUUUUCUUUCUAAUUAUUUUUGUUUUCAUGAGAUUAUAAUGUUUGUUUUUGUCAUUAUCAGUAAUGUGUUUACAUUUCUUGCAGAUGUAUAAGCAAGCUAACAAAAAUGCACUAACUCCAUGGAGGAGUAAAUAAGAAAGCAUGAACAUCUGUGUGUGUAUGGUGGGUGGGGUGAGACACUCAGAAGCAGCUAAAUACACGUGGCAGCAUUUGAAAUGCAAGACAACUAAGUACAAUUAUCUGAUGUGCAGCAAUUGUGCAGCAGCUGAUGAAGAGUUAACACUUUUUCCACCCCAACCCACCAUCCCCAUCCUAGUUUAAGUUUGCAUCUCACAUUACACCAUGUUAUGAAGUUGACAUGUCAGGUUACUUCAGGUCAUUUACAUUGUGUUCAAAAAGAAAUAAUUCAUAACACCAUAAACUCUAGAGUGAACAACAAUAAUGGGAUUGACCCCAAUAAAUAAAAACAAAUCAAAACUAGCAUUGCCUUAUUGAGGGUAAACUCAAGGCUAACCCCCCUCUUGUAUCUGAGCACAUAAGGAAAUGAUUUGAUGAGGUGUCCUUAUCAUGUCAAUCAUGGCAUGUGAAUUUGUCAGUACUUGAGUGUUGUUAUUGGCAGCAUAGGCUCAAGGGCUUUCAUUUUGUUCAGAACUUUAUAUUAAAACAAACCAUCCACAUUUAGAUAGCAGGGAUGAGCAUGGCUGCUGCGAACUGUAAAGAUGUCUAUUUCAGCUUUGUUGCGUGAAGACAGGGUUGGUGUGUAUGUGUUUUUCAAACUGCUUUGUAUAUGAAAGACGGUGUGUGUGCGCAGGAUAGCGCUGACAGAUUUUUGGCAACCUGAAUAAAAAAAAAAGUACUGGAAAAAAAUUAUUUUCUUUUGUUACUGGUAUAUGUUAGGGAAUAGUGUACCAGCUGCACCUGCGAUUUGCCUAAGGCAAUGCUCUCUGAUAUUUUAGAAUAUCCCAAGAUUGCUG